GCAUCGGAAACCGGCUACUCCACAACUCACCGGCAUGCUGCUCUUCGUCAUUCUCAACCAAAACUGACCCACGGACGGAGCUGGAGCGCUGUAGGCGAGCGUGAGGUGGAGGCGGAGGCGGAUGAGGACUUGGAGCACUGGAACCCAAACGAGGGUCAUGAAGAAAGCGAUCUUUUUAGCCUCAAAGUCGACGAGUUUAGCAGAGACGAGGCAAAGACAUCUUUACUUGGAGGGCUGGGUCGGAAGGCUAGGACCGACGAUCACCUUCCCAACCCGAUCCAUCAGCAAAUACAAUGUUGCCCUGUCGACAAUCGCGAUAUGGCCUCCGAGCAAUUCGAUUCUGCCCUGAGACCCAAAAAGCCUCGUGGCGGAUAA